AUGCUGGCGCCGCCACCGAUGCUUGACGAUGCCGGCAACGUCAAGGUCGUCGUGCGCUGUAGGGCUUUCGUCCGGAGAGAGAAAGAAAAGGGCACGCAAUGCCUCAUCCGAAUGGACCCGGCCACAAACAAAACAACGCUCCUCGCCCCAGUCGAAGACACGGAGUCUAGCACGCGGCGAGCGUAUGAAGAUAAGGAGUUUGUAUUCGACAAGUCGUUCUGGUCACACGAUGAGGCCGAUCCGUACUACGCGCACCAGGAGGAUGUCUACCGAUCGUUCGGAGAGGAGUUCCUAGACCACAACUUCAAUGGAUACCACACGUGCAUCUUCGCGUAUGGACAGACAGGCUCAGGCAAGAGUUAUACGAUGAUGGGCUCGCCAGACAACCCUGGUCUGAUCCCUCGAACCUGCGAGGAGCUGUUCGAGAGAAUUCGGGACGAGCCGACACCAAACACCAGCUAUCACGUUCAAGUGUCUUACUUUGAGGUGUACAACGAACACGUACGAGAUCUGCUUGCAGCUCGCACAAGCCCUUCAAUGUACCUGAAGAUCCGCGAAUCUCCCAAGGACGGAGUGUACGUCCAAGGCCUAACAGAGACCGAGGUCAAGUCCUAUGCAGAUGUGGAGCGAUUGAUGAGGAUUGGAGACUCGAGCCGAACGACAGCAUCAACAAAAAUGAACGACACAUCCUCGCGGUCGCACGCCGUUUUCACUAUCCGUCUCAAGCAGAUUACACAUUCACUGCUGUCAGACGAAACCAUUGAGCGGACUGCCCGAAUGCGGCUCGUCGAUCUCGCUGGGUCCGAGCGUGCAAAGUCAACAGAAGCGACAGGUCAACGACUCAAGGAAGGUGGUCAGAUCAAUAAGUCGCUGACAACGCUCGGACGAGUCAUUGCUGCGCUCGCAGAUCCAAAGAGACAGAACAGUAAGGGAAGAAGGCCGAAGGAAGUCGUCCCAUUCCGAGACUCUGUUCUCACGUGGCUUCUCAAGGACAGUCUAGGCGGAAACAGCAAAACCGCCAUGGUAGCCUGCAUCGCGCCCUCGGACUACGACGAGACGCUGUCAACCCUCCGAUACGCUGACCAGGCGAAGCGCAUUCGCACACGCGCUUCAGUCAACCAAGACUGCAUGUCGGCUGCGCAGCGUGAUGCACAGAUAUCUGAGAUGGCCGAGCAAAUACGCUCGCUGCAGGUCAGCGUCAACGCGGCCACUAUUCGAAAGAGGGAGGAAGCCACAGAACUGGAAGAAUACCAACGUCAAGUCGCUAUGAUGCAACGUCUCGAGGAGGAGAAUCGCAUGGUCGCCGAUUCCAGGAUCAAGGCCCUUACCGCCGAGGUUGAAGAGCUGCGCCCCAUGAACAUCGCCUUACGCUCCGAAAUCGAUGCUCUGAGGCGCCACUUGGCCCUAGCCCUGGGCGAACUGAAGAACCCGAUCGUCCUACCGCCUCCAAUCCCUGGCUCACCUGAAAUUGAACAGGACGGCUUCAUCAGGGUUGACAAGCGGGGCGUGGACCUGGGUGAGGAUGGUAAAGAGAACUCUAUCCCCAUCCACUCUGAUGAUGAGAUGAGUGGUGAUGACUCUGAUUCAGGGUACGAUGAAGGUGAUCACGACGAACUUGCGCAGGAGCUGCAGAUCGAGGCCCAGGACUUCCUGAAAGACCUGGGACUGUUCCGGAGGAAGGUCGGCGGCGAUGUUGAACGUUUUGGAGUGCGCCAGGCGCUGCAUGAGAUCAUCGGAAACUGA